AUGGCCGAUCCCCGCUAUGGCUCCUACAGGGAUCUUGCCAAGCACUUCGAGAGCGAGCUAGAUGGCCUGAUCGAACAGGGUGUCUACAAGCCUAUCUUUCUCUAUCAUGUUGUUAUCAUUCACGCGCUGCCUAUGAUAGGCUUGGUCAUUCCUCGUAGCAGAGGUGGUCAUCAUAUUCGCAAAGUCUUGUUUGCUAUUUGUGUUGGCAUAGCCAUAGACAUCUUUCAAAAUCGCCGCGCAGUCGUCGGGGGAAAUGGCUACAUGCUUGGUCUCAUGACGGCAUGGUGGCUCAUCUGGACUGCCACUUUGUUUAUCUUCACGGACCUCGAGCGAGACUUCCAGCGCAUCGAAAGAAAUCCUUCUGCUGAGCAAGUUCAGGAUACGCAAAUUAUUCAGAAAGCCAGCGUCGAUGGUGAAAAGCUUAACUCUGAGGUUUCACCGUCCAACCAAGAGAAAAGCAAUGCUUUCAUUUGGCAGUCUUACCCCCCAAAGUUCUCACAUCGCCUAGAGUGGGCUGCCGGGCUGUUCUUCAACUUGCGAGGACCAGAAUGGAACUGGCGAGCUCCGCACCUGGGUCCCCUGCCUCAUUCAAUUCAUACUCAAUUACAAACAGGAUUCACAGAAAAGAUCAAGGCACAAGCAGAUUCCACCUAUCCCAGCGGUAAACAACGGUUCCAGGCUGCAUUUCGCAAAUUUUGCAUAUCAUACCUAAUCCUGGACGUCCUGAAGGUUAUCAUUCUGAUGCCAGACCCCUACUUCCAAGGAAUUGCACCAUCAAAUUCAGUCUCACCUCCUCCGUUUCCAUUCUUUUAUUUCCCAAGCAUCGCAGUUAACCCUGCCUUGGCCCAACUCUGCCGCUGCAUGUACAGCGCUAUGAGUGUUUACUUUGCCCUGGAAUUUGUGACACCCUUAAACCCGAUCUUCUUUUUGGGUUUAUCUCUCGCAUUUCCCAAUGCAGCCCAGAAGCUUACCGCUACCCCACUCGGCGCUUCAUGGCUAUAUUCCGAGGCAUUUGGACCCUUUGUUCAACCAGUGCUUGAUCAGGGACUGGCAGGCUGCUGGGGCAAAUGGUGGCACCAGCUUUUCCGAAAUGGUUUCAUGAGUGCAGCACGAUGGAUUCUAUCCUUGCUUCCUGUUAGCCUGACAUCUCAUCUGAAUUUCAGACGUGUCGUGUAUGUGGCAGUAUCUUUCUGUAUCAGUGGUCUUAUCCAUGCCUGCGGAAGCCGUACCCAGAUACCAGGUACACAUCCCGUUUCUGGUCCAUUUCUGUUUUUUGCCUUGCAGGGCGUUGCAGUAAUGGCAGAGCAGUUCUUCAAGACUGCUAUCUUUCCAAGACUACCCCUUGGCGGUACACCGAGAUGGGUCAGACGGACGGCGAAUUUCUUGUUUGUCUAUUGCUGGUUGAUGACCUCAGGGGGUCUCAUUGCAGAUGACUUUGCGAGAGGAGGUCUGUGGCUGAUGGAGCCUAUCCCAGUCAGCCCAUUACGUGGUCUUGGGUUUGGACUGCAGGGUGAAGGGUGGUGGUGUUGGAGAGAACCCUGGUUCCGAUAUUGGAGUGAUGGUUCAUAUUGGGGAAGUGGCAUACGAGUGUUGUAA